AGCACGCCACAGUGCUCGGAGCAGGCGACGGGACAGGACAGGACAGAGCGGUGCUGUGAGGAGCCCCCGCACAGCGCGCUCCUUCGUGUCUGACCCGGAGCUUUUCCGAGGCGUUAUUCCUGCAGGUGACCUCGUGGCAGGACUGCGGGACUUGGCAGCCCGUGGCCUUCCCGAGGCUUUUCUUUUGCAGGUGCCCGCAAGGCCAGACUGAGGAAAUUGGUGACCACAAGCCUUACGAGGAGUCUCCUGUCAUUGUGGCAGGAGCCCUCAAGACCAGAGUGCAGGACUUGCUGUCCUGCAGCCGUCCUGAGGUUUCUCUGCCUCAGAUGCCUUCAAGGCACAACGACGCGACUUGUUGACUCAGAACUUCACCCUGCCAUCUUCCUUCAAGGUGGCCUCAAGGCCAGACUCUGGCAUGGCAGCCAGAUUUCUCAGUGUGUUUAAAGUGAUCAGGGGGAAAAAAAAGAAAGACCCUGGAGCUGACCCAGCACAAGAGCAUGAAGAAGCGGAGCAGUUCCAGACACUGCAGGAUGAUGCAGCCCUGGACCGGACACAAGAGCAGGAACCCGCCCGUGGCCGCUUCCGCAAAAGCCUGAAGAUGUUCCGGCAGUUCCUGCGCAUUCAGCGUAGAAAGACUGGCAGCACAGCAGCUGCGGGCGCAGCCGAGCCUGACUCGGGGCUGACUGAGCUCCAGGCAGAGCCUGAUGGCAGCCCAGGUUCAGCUGAGUGCUCAGAAGACUCUGAGACCUCAGAAACUGAAACCUGGGCAAAGGCUCUUCUCACGCCAAUGACUGAGGACGUGGCCAUCACAAACCACGACAAGGAAGAGACUCAGGGCAUCACAACUACUGACACCAGCCCAGAUUCACUGGAGCACUCAGAAGACUCUGAGGUUGCAAUGAAUGAUCACAGGGCAAAGGCUGACAUGGCACUGACUGAGGAUGUGGCCAUCAGAAACACCAAAACCAGAGAGACUAAGGGCAUCACAACUACUGACACCAACCCAGAUUCAAUGGAGCACUUAGAAGACUCUGAGGCUGCAAUGAACGAUCACAGGGCAAAGGCUGACAUGGCACUGACUGAGGAUGUGGCCAUCACAAACGCCAACACCGCAGAGACUCAGGGCCUUGCAAAUACUGACACCACGCCCACUCCCACUCUGAGUCAGGAACUCAUAUUCGACUGUUUCAAGGAGCCUUGUGUUUCUUCUCACCAGCAGCAGCAGGUGCCAGCCAAGGUGGAGAACAUCCACCAGAGUCUCAUGUCCCACGUCUCUGUGGAUGCCAGGCUGCAAACGGACAUUGUGAGGCUGGCAGAAGAACACCCUGCUGACGUGGUGCUGACCCUCCUGCGCUGUGCCCCAACAUGUGACAGAGCUGCUGCAAUGAUGUGGAGAGCCAUAGGCUCAUCGGGACCAGCACUGGAGAAUGCGCUGCCAACACUGCUCUGUGUGAUGGAGGACUGGCCUCUGCACAGAAUGUGCACCUCCGAUGGGGACAACAAGGACCUUUUUGCCCUGGCUGCAACUCUGGUGAUCUGGCUGAUUGUCCAAGUGCCUGAGUGCCACAAGGCGAUCAUCCUUUAUUCCUCCCGCCUGUUUGUGGCUCUGCUCUUCCAUGUUGUCAUCACCACACAGCAGAUGCCACCAGAGGAAGUUGAUAAUUUCUGGAGUGCAUGCCAGGAGAAACACCGCCUUCCCAGCAAGCCCAACAGGUUUGCAGUGCAGGCCAUGAAGGCUCUGCUCUGCCGACUGCAGUGUGACCAUGUGGUGGUGGCUAUGGAGCGCAAGCGUGGCUGGGACACGCUGCUUUGUGCUCACACCCAGCACUAUGCCGUGGGUCUGCUGGCCAGGGAGAUGCUCCGUGGUUUGAUCCCUUUGUGUUCUCGCAUCGCACUCCACUUGCUCCGGCAGCUCAGCAGGGAGGAGCCGUGCUGGGAUCUGCCUGCCCUGGCAUUCCUUGUGGAGGUCCUCGAGUGCCUGGACACGACUAAAUGUGGUGACAGCAUGCUGGAGAUUAUGUCAAGGCACCUGCAGAGCGAGUGCAGGGAGCGGCGUCGCCUGGCACUCAGAGGCCUCGUGGUGCUCAGCAAGGAUCCCUCGAUGGCCAGAAGAAUGUGCAGCGUGUCUCAAAGCCUUCUGGAGCUGUUGGGGGAUGAAGAUAGAGAGGUGGUCAGCAUGAGCCUCCAUGUGUUCACCAAUGUGCUCCAGCACAAAGACAUCCUGGUAUCCAGCACCACCGCCCCAAAGCUGGCUGAGGCACUCCUGCUGCUCUUUGAGCAUGACAACAGCCAUGUGCAGUUGCUCUCCAUUCAACUCAUGCACAAGAUGAUGGACUUGGUAGUGGAUGAGGGAAAAAAGCCCAUGAAGAAGAUUCUGAGUCAGGGCUUGCUCCCACUUUUCUUGUAUUGCCAUGUUGAGAACUGGCAAGUGGCAAAGGCCUCUCGGGAAACGCUACUUCGUGUGUCCAAGUUUUUGAAGAGGUGGGAUCUUGAACAGCUGGUGGAGAAGGAGCAGCUGUCAAAGUUUGCCGAGGUCCUGCUGGCAGAGGACAGGAGCCGAGCGGCUGAGCACCUGCGCCGGGCCCGGCCCUACCUGCAGAGCCCACAGGAGCCCCUGCAAGAGGCGGCCAUCAGGUUCAUGGUGACCGCCGGGCGGUACUUGAGGAAGCAGCAGGAAGAGACCCAGUUUAUCUACAAGGCCCUUCAAGCCCUGUGGAGAGAUGACAGUCCUUCCCAGACAAACAUAGUAGUUCAAGAUACAUUCAGUGAAAGAGCUGCAGAAGUGGCUCAGAAGAACCAGUGUCUGCAUCAGGCCUCCAAAUGCCAUGGAAGAUGAGACUACCUUGAGACCAGAAGAGACCAGCUGGAGCUCCAGGCACAGCUGAUGAUUGGCACAGCUGACCCUGUGGGAAACCUGCAGGGCUUCAGCCCUCUCCCUGCUUAUAGAUAGCUCCUUCCCUCCAGCCCUCAGACACUGCCCAUCCCCUUUUUUCCCCUCCACUCUCCCUCCCUGAUGACAGCUCUUUCCCUCUAGCCCUCAGAUCCUGCCGAUCCCAUUUUUCCCUCCUACCCCAUCCCUUUGGUUUGUCUUCUAUUAAUAAAUUGUUUGGCUUUUUCA